GGGGCUUUUGCCAUUUUUUUUUCUUCUUCCAUCGCUCUCCCCUCUCUCCUCUCUCUCCAUCCUCACACACUCUCUCUCUUUUCUCCGCUCUUCUUUCUCAAAAAAGCCAUGAAGGCGAUCCCGCGAUCCAUCUUCGCCUCUUCGCCAUAUUUGUGAUUUUUUGUUGUUGUUGUUGUUGUUGUCAUUUUUCCAUCCUUAAAAUGAUUAUUUUUGCUGUUGUCCGUGGAUGACGAAGGCACCGGAUGAAGACAUUCUCUUGUCCCACCGGAGUUUCCGAUGCGUAACCCGGGCUCUUCUCCCCGGUGUGAUCCGCACUGAGCGCCGCCGCCAGCCACCAUGUCUCGCCGCAAGCAAGGCAAACCUCAGCACUUAAGUAAACGGGAUUUCUCGCCAGCCGAUGCUCGAUCCACGGCAGUCGUCUCAUCGGAGGAGCUGUCGGAGAACUCGGAGGAGAGCGGCAGUCUCAACGGGCACCGUCCGGGCUCCAUCGUAGGCCGUCUCACCCGGCCGGGUCAUCACAACCCUCACCUCUCACUGGAGCAGGACCUGCUGACCUGCGGACAGUGCCAGGCCACCUUCCCCCUGGCGGACAUCUUGCUCUUCAUUGAGCACAAGAGGAAGCGCUGCCACGGGCCGCCCUGUCUGGCCGUGGGCCGAGGGCUGGACAAGCCCCCCUCCCCCUCCCCGGGCCUGGCCCUGACCCCGUCCCCCGCCUUGAGCCACCUGCGCGGUCGGAGGAGGCCCGUGGAAGUUGGCAUCCAAGCCACGCUGGCAGACGACGAUGACGAUCGUUUCUCGUCCCCUCGGGGAAUCUACCCCAAACAGGAACUCCUUCCAGGCAAAGAAGAACCGACAACCUACACGUGCACUACAUGUAAGCAGUCCUACGGCAGCGCCUGGUUCCUGCUGCAGCACGCUCAAAACUCCCACGGUUUCCGUAUCUACCUGGAAAGUGAACAUGGCAGCCCUCUCACCCCACGUAUGGGUGGGCCCUCCUCCCUGGGUGGGGGCGCAGAUUGCCCUUCUCAUCCUCCCCUUCAUGGCCUUCAUCUGCCUCCUGAUGCAAGCCCCUUCAAUCUCCUCCGAAUCCCAGGCUCAGGCUCAGGGGGAAGGGACAGUGUGGGAGGAGGAAGUGUACUUGGGCCAGGUACUGGGUUGCUUCAUCAGCGUUUUCCUCCCACGCCACCCAUCUUCAGCCCCCCUCCAAGGAACCACCUGGAUCACCAUCACCUGAGUCCAGAAGAGCUGGCGCUGGCAGCCCACCACCCGAGUGCCUUUGACAGGGUGCUGCGCCUCAAUCCUCCUCUUCCCAUGGAACCUCCUCCGACAAUGGACUUCUCUCGGCGGCUGCGGGAGCUGGCGGGUAACACCUCAGGGUCCACUCCCCCUCUAUCCCCUAGCCGCCCAGGGCCCAUGCAGCGCUUACUCCAGCCAUUCCAGACAGCUGGAGGAAGCAUAGGCACAGGAGGUGGAGGGGGGAACAAAACUCCAUACCUUGCAACACCCCCGCCUGUGCCAGGCUCCAUGCAGUCACCGGUAGGCUCUCAGACCACGCCGACCACUCCUCUCAACUCUGCAGGGGCAACACCAUCCUCCAACAAUCCGAUGAAAUCAAAGUGUUGUGAGUUUUGCGGCAAAGCCUUCAAGUUUCAGAGUAAUCUAAUAGUGCACAGGCGAAGCCACACAGGAGAAAAGCCGUAUAAAUGUCAUUUGUGUGACCAUGCCUGCACUCAGGCGAGUAAAUUGAAGCGCCACAUGAAAACUCACAUGCACAAAUCCUCCUCACCAAACACUGGCAAGUCAGAAGAUGGACUUUCGACUGCCUCCUCUCCAGAGCCUGGCACCAGUGAACACAUGGGCAGUGCAAGCAACGCCCUUAAGUCAGUGGUGGCCAAGCUAAAAUGUGAAAACAACCGAAUGCUACGUGAAAACGGAGAGGAAGAGGAGGAGGAGGAGGAAGAGGAGGAGGAGGAGGAGGAAGAGGAGGAAGAAGAGGAAGAAGAAGGAGAGGAAGAGGAAGAACAUAACGGAGAGCGGGCAGCUCGACGAAACAACAACAGAUACCAUUUUAGCUUGAACCUUGAUGCCACACGCCGACAUGAAAACAAUGGUGGUAUUGGAAGCAGACUGGGAGGCGUGACUGAUGAGGGCUCCAUUCCACGCUCACUCCCUGAGGUGAUGCAGGGAAUAGGUCUUGCAGCAAGUAUGCAGCAUUUCAGCGAAGCCCUUAGUGCACACAAACGGAAUGCAAUAGCCCAGGAGAACCACCUCCACCACCACCUUAAUAGAGGACUUCCACAAAAUCGGGAGAUGUGUGAGGCUACUUCAGUGCCGGAAACAGAUCGCGGAGAGGAGUGCUCCAUUUCAACGGUCAACGGCCGCGGAGCAUCUCCUAAUGAGUCCGCCUCUGUCUGCCUUUCUAAGAAACUGCUUUUGGGCAGCCCAAGUCCAAUUAGCCCUUUCUCUAAGCGCAUCAAGCUGGAAAAAGAAUUCGACCUACCCACCCCCACAAUCCCGAACACAGAGAACGUCUACUCGCAGUGGCUGGCUGGCUAUGCCGCUUCUCGACAACUCAAGGAUCCUUUUCUGAACUUUGGGGAUUCCAGACAAUCUCCCUUUGCCUCUUCGUCCGAGCAUUCCUCAGAAAACGGCAGUCUUCGCUUCUCAACUCCUCCGGGAGAACUCGAUGGUGGGAUGUCAGGUCGCAGUGGUACAGGCAGCGGGGGAAGCACACCUCAUCUUGGGGGUCCGGGGCGGCCCAGUUCUAAGGACGGUCGAAGGAGUGACACUUGUGAGUAUUGUGGCAAGGUGUUCAAGAAUUGUAGUAAUUUGACUGUGCACCGGCGCAGCCAUACAGGGGAGAGGCCAUACAAGUGUGAGCUGUGCAAUUACGCUUGUGCUCAGAGCUCCAAACUUACUCGUCAUAUGAAGACCCAUGGUCAGGUGGGCAAGGAUGUGUACAAGUGUGACAUUUGUCAGAUGCCCUUUAGUGUCUAUAGCACCUUGGAGAAACACAUGAAAAAAUGGCACAGUGACCGUCCUUUGAGUACCGAAAUAAAGUCUGAAUAGACGGUCAAACUAUGGUACCUUAUCCCUGCAGCAGUCUGCCAUUACCCCCUGUUUAACCCUAGACUUUUUCAGUUUUUGCCCCAACACCCAAAACUCAUCCCAAACUUUCACUAGGCUGGUGGAAGAUUAAGACCAUGUGCUCUGCACCAGCACAGCCUGUGUUCAUUUCCAAUUGGAUGCAUGAUCUGUAUCGGGGCAAUACUCUUGCAUUGAGGCAACAUUUUGAGCCUUUUUCUUGUGCAAUAAAUUAACAUGUGUUUUAUUUUAUUUUUUGAGUUUUCUGUUUUCAUUUCUAAGAAUUUGUCAGCAUGCAUAAUAUGUUUUUGAUAAUCAAAAAAGAAAAAAAGAAAAAAACUUGUCCCUGGUUGGUUACUUGUUGAUAAAUGUGUUGCUGUUUCUCUCUUGUUAUGUUUUUUUUCUUUUUAUUAUUCAAAAAGAGAAAGGACAAGGAAGAUACAGUAUAUCCACGCUGCAGACACUCUGUAACACAUAUCAUGUACAGUUUUGUGUUGUUACAUGGAAAAUGACCAUGACCCUCUUCUGGCAACCCAGGAAAUGCACUUAUUCUUAUCUUUCUAAAAGAUGCUAUGUUCAGACAGGGUUAAAAAAAAUACUGCUUUGGUUCUAUGAUUAAAAUGAAAAGUAUUGACUGUCAAAAUUCAAUAACACGAGAGUGACUUCAAAAUGUACUAUCAUUUGGUUGAGUAAGAAAGAGUGCCUUUGAUAUCUUAACACUACAUUGGCCAUAGUCCUAUCUGGAAUAAGUUUGGGGUCACAUUAGGCUCUUGAAACCACCAACAAAAGGUUCUUGCAUCAAGCACCUGACUGUGACAACUCAUAAUCAAAAAUUCAGAGUUCUAGUAAAUAACCAUUUAGCUACCUAGUACAUGUUGAAUGGGCUUAUCUUCAGUAUGCAGGUUUCAAGAUAAGCAUGGUACGACCUGUAUUGUGUUUUAUCUGAACAUGUGUUGUUUUGUUUAGAAAAAUAAUGAUCUGUAAUGUACAAUCCUGAACUUGAGGGAUACAAGUGACAUGUCUCUAAGUUAGCACAAACCUGUGACGCUGCUUUGAUUGGUGGUGCGCGGAACGGACAAAGCAUUAAGUAAUACAUGACCUCCAAGUGAGGCGUUAAAGAAUUGAAAUAAAUUCAAGCUAGAAAGAGAGAAUGCUACAACAAACUUGAUAAUAUGUGCGUGUGAUAGAGAAUAGAGAAAUUUGCUUUCAUUUCAUGUUGCGUUGAAUCAAAACAGGGUUGGUAUCUACAGUAUGUACUACAGCGAAAAUAAAUCCAUCAGACCCCACAGCUUGGUGGGCAUUUUAAUGAGUAUGCCUUGGCUAAUGGAGAGCAUGUUUGGUUUGCUUUCACUUUUAACCUUUUGUGAUUGUCCACGCUAUUUCCAAGAAAGCACCUGUUACUCAACCUGGAAGUACCAUCUUCUUUCUUGCAUUGUUUCAAAUUUCAAGUUUACGUGUUUACACUGAAGGGGGAAAAGGGUCCAACUAGUAAAAGCAGUAAAAUACUCCGUUGACAGAAAUCCCAAUUGCAUAAAAAUAAAUGUUGCACAUUUGCCAUUUGACCAUUUGUCACUUUGUUUUCUAAAGAAAAUCUCACGGUCUGUACAUUAAUUACAACACUGGUCAAGAAUGGAUUAUUGGGGUCAUUGACAGAAAUGAUAAGUGUUCAUUGGUUUUAAUAGGCUGCAUUGGGUCAUUCUUGCCAUCCUUUACUUCGAUAAUCUAUACACCUUGUCAGCUCAAGGAUAAACACUCAGAUGUGUUGCUCACACUGUGAGAAUCUGUUUUUGUAUAAAUGUUCCUUUCAUGCGCAGUAUGGAGAAUAAACGUUUUUCGAAAUAAUUCAUCGUCUUUUAGGGUAAGCUAUUAAGUUUGUUGUUGUUUCUCUUUUUCUCAGCGUCUUAGUGAUGUUUAAGACUCUGAUCACAGUACACAAUAAUACAUAAAAAAAUACAUUAAAAAAAGGACAAAGAAAAAGAAAAAGCAAACAAAAAAAUCUGUGAUGUUAUGUAUUUUAUUUUGCCUUGGCUCUUCACAGCUCUUCAGGUUGAAUACAAUUUGCAUUGGGGAAAUGAGUAAGAUUAUAUAUAAAUAUAUAAACAACUUAAAAUAUAGGAAAAUGCACAUACAUGUCAAUUCCUAUGCUUAAACACAUUUAUGGUCAUUUUUUUUUGUAUUUCUAAAACUGUAUUUGAAUUCCAUGUUCACUUAGAGUAGGCACUAUAGUAUUUAUAUUGAGGCUCGUAUUUUUAACUGUUGCUUGUUCUCUCUAAAAGGUACCAUACCUUUUUUGGUAGUGGAAAAAAAUCCCAAGCUGCCACGGUAUAUUUUUUUAAUUUGGCAGGAUAAUAUAGUACAAAUUCUUUGUAUGUUUAAAGAGAUAAAAGGAAAAACCUAAUACAAAAAAAGCAGCUAAAGUGCGUGGCACUGGGAGGCAUUCUUGGUCAUAAGAUGGCUACUGCUCUGUUUUCCUGUCCAUAGAGGUUGUUGUACAUAUCUUUUUUGGUUUUUGGUUCAGACCCUCGUUCCAUCCUGCUGCCAUUCUUGUAUGCAGUAACACAAGCUGACAUUGGCCUGUUCUGUUGUGUGCUUCUGUCUCUCUUACCCCUCCUGCCUGACAACAUUCCAACAUAAGGAGAGAAAAAAAUAUACAAAAAAGAUCAUAUGCAGUACAUGGAUUACAAAAGAAAAAUGGUCAAAAGAAAUACAUUUAAAAAUUAAUUCAAUGUUUUGCAGUUUUUUUCAUUGCCAAAUACAAAAUGGUGCUUUAUAUUUAGAUUGGGUAAAUGUUUAUAUGCAAAGCAUAUUUAUAAUUGACCUGGGAAACGUGGAGAAAAGUGUUCAAGUCGAGAAUUUUUGUAAAUGGCAAUGUGGAAUAUUUUGUUAACAGCCUUUUCUAUUCCUGUUCUGAGAGAUGUUUGUUGUAACUUGAACUUGAACUUUAUCUUUUACAAUGGGAGUUGCUAUUUAUUAUAACGUUUAUGCUCUGUUCAAAACAGAGACAUUGAAUUGAUCUUUGGUUUGUUUUAAUUUUAAUUUUAUAUUUUAUGUUAAAGUAUAAUUGUAUUCUUUUUUUGUAUUUGUGGCCAGUGGUCAUAUGGCAAACCAAGCUCUUUAUUGAUUACAGUUGCACUUGUUUUAAGUACCUGUUCAGUUGUAAUGAGAAAACCACUGUCUGUGUUUUCUGGCAGAUGUCUGCAUAAUCCUGUUCACACACCCAUUUUGUCCCUUUAUCGAAAAACAGUUAAUAAAAAAAAGUGAAAGUA